CUUUCUCUCUGUUGACCGACUAUCUGAUUCAACAUCACAGUCCCAGACAAGCAUCAAAAAUCAUGUCGUUUUGGUUUGCACCCCAGCAGCAGCAGCAGUACAACCGCGCGUUCGAGAGCGGCGACUCGGAUGACGAUGAUGCAGGCUACUACUAUGCGCCGCACCCUUACUAUUCCCGCCAUCACCAGCAGCAGCAGCAGCAGCUCCAACAGCAGCGUCGUCGUCAAGAGCAGCUGCUUCGCCAGCAGCGCGCGGAGGAACUUCGUCGCCAACAGCUCGAGCACGAGCAGAUGAACGACCAAUUCGCAAGUCUGUUUGGUGGCCGUGCUCCACAGAUCUCGCGCUCGCCCUACCAUCAACAAAAGCAGCAGCAGCAACAUCGCCGCCAAACACAGCAAUUCCAGCAGGAAAGCGACGACGAUGAGUUUGACGCGUCGGGUGACCGCUUUAGCACCGAGCCACGCCAGCGCAUUGUCGUCGACCCUUACACUGGCCGCCGCUACCUCGUCACCGAGCCUUCUCCCUCCGAGCGCGCUCGUAAGCAGCAGCAGCAGCAACUGCAAUUGCAACAGCAACAGCAACAGCAGCAGGCCGAGCUCGCUCGCCAGCAGGAGCAACUCGAACACCAACGCCACAUCGAGGCCAAACGCCAGCAGAUGAAGCAGCGCGUGCACCAGCAGCAUCUGCAGCAGCAAGCGCAGGUAAAGCAGCAACAACAACAGCAACAACAGCAACGUCGCCCAAUCUCCUUGUUCGAUCUGUUGACUGGCGCCUACAACGCUCAGACUGCUCCCAACACCGAGCCCAAGCCUGUCGAGCCGGAGCCUAAAAAGGAAGAGGCCCAUCCUCUUCCCCGCUCACACAGCGCCGAGCUGCGCGAAUACGAGCAGCACAUCCACGAACGCUUGGAACAGCAACUUGCGGAGGAGCGCGCCCAUCAGCAGCAAAAGAAGCAGGAAAAGGAGGCCAAGAAGCAGGACAAGCAGGACAAGCAGGACAAGCAGGACAAGUCCGGCGUCUCGCGCGAGCAACAGGCCAAGCUUGCUGCCAUUGACAAGCAGCGCAAGGCCCGCGUUCAAAAGUUGGUUGGCCGCACUUACCAACGCGCUGCCACUGUCAUUCAGCAGGCAUGGCGAGCGCAUGCAGACGAGAAGCGCGCUGCCCUUCAGGACGAGUCCGCGCGUCGCAUUGUUCGUGCCUUCCGCGCUGCUGCCGCACGCCGUGAAGGCCGCGAAAUCCGCGAGGCAUUGCACGCCCUGGAUCGUAUUUCCAAGGUGCUUGACGGCCAUGUCGAGCAGUACCACGAUGCCGUUCUUGCCAUUCCCGCCGUCGACGCCACGACCAAGCAAGUGUCCAAGGCGCUUCUGACCUAUGCUGAGCUGCUUGAGCAACUCGUGCUCCGUCUGGAUGGCGUUUCAUCCGCUGGUUCCUCGUACAUUCGCGAAGCCCGCAAGGCGUUGACCAUGAAGAUUCAAGGCCUGCUGGCGGAGGUGGAUGCACACAAGACUGCGGCCGCCAGCACCCAAGCGGCCUCUGCCUCUGCUUCCGAGGACGAGGAAGACGACGACGCCGACAGCUUUGUUUGCGACCUUCUGCUCGACUCGGACAGUCCCUCCAACCUUUCGUCAGAAGCCGAAGAGGACGAUGACGACGACUCGGCUUCUGAGCACUCUGCUCAUCCCGACGACGAAGCCGUUGCAGAGGACGACCACGAGCACCACGACUACGAUCUUUGCGACGAAGAGGAUGCGGCUACCACGCUCGAGCCAUGCAAGAGUGCCGACAAGGAACUUCAUCGCGAGAACUCGACCUCGCUCGUGGAUGCCAUGUAAUUCUGGCGUCCUGUGUUAAGUUGUUGUGUUUGACAAUCUGUUGUUUUUGUUGUCGUUGUACUUUUUUGCACUGUAUUAUUAUGGUUGUUGGAAUCCUAGCCUUGUAAAGUAAAAUGACAUUAUUUCAAGC